GACAAGCUUUGCAAGAUGGAGGUCUGUAACAAUCCGUGUCUCAUGCUUAGGGAAUUUGGCUGUGAACAAAGUUUAUUGUCGCGACCGGAUGGCUCUUCCUCGUUUGUCCAAGGUAUAAUCGAUCUGUCUGUGUCCGUGUGUCUUUCCGAAGGGGAUUCCAGUGUGUUGGCAGGGGUGUACGGACCAGCAGAGGUGAAAAUCAGCAAGGAGAUCUACGACAGAGCAACUUUGGAGGUAGUAAUACGACCCAAAGUAGGACUACCAAGUGUAAUGGAGCGAGCACGAGAGCAGUGUGUGCGAGAAACUUGUGAGGCAUCUUUACUCUCGACUCUUCAUCCUCGUUCCUCUCUCACACUCAUCCUUCAAGUCGUUCACGAUGAUGGCUCGCUGUUGUCAUGCUUCCUGAAUGCUGCCUGCAUGGCCCUGAUGGAUGCAGGACUGCCAAUGAGCUGCCUUUUUUGUGGAGUGACCUGUGCUAUCGACACAGAGGGUCAGAUCAUUACUGACCCCACAUUAACUCAGGAGAAGGAAAGUCGAGCUUUGUUGACGUUUGCUAUUGACAGCACAGAGCACAGAGUGAUGAUGUCAUCUACCAAAGGAUCUUUUUCAGUCCAUGAGCUUCAGCAGUGCAUAGCAGUCAGCCAGAAAGCCUCAGAGAAGAUCUUCCAGUUCUACAGAGAGUCUGUCAGGCAACGAUAUUCCAAAACCAUCUAACAGAGAAGCUGUUCCCAUUUUUUUCUGUCAUGUCAAACGAACAUAUCUUUAAAUAAAAUAUUCAGUCCUUUUUGAUUCAUCUGAUUUAAAAUAGCACCACCCGUACAUCUGUAAAUCAAGGACAACAAGGUAUCGUUUCAUCAAGUGCAUUUAUUGUAUUAAUUUACUUCUUGUUUUUGGUAUAUUUACAAUUAAUUACACAUGGGUGUGAAAACAAGGAGUACAUGUACACCAGAUCCCAGGGGGUUCCUCUUAGCUUUAACCUCUGACCUCAGUUAACUCCUCAGUGCAGAAAACAGAGUUAUUUUUUAUAUAGCAUGGAAAUUUUUAUAAUUGUUAACCAGUCUAUACACGGUUUCAAGUAUACUAACAAGAAACUGGCUGGGUGUUGACACAAUUGCUUGGGAUUGUCAGACAUAAGGCCUGUUCCAUAAAGAAUGAUUACCGAAUACGCCAGGUUUAAUGUCAGGGAAAGUAACUGACACAAACUUGGUCUUUUCGGUAAACUCGCUUCAUGGAACAGGCCCCUGUUCAAAGAUGCUUUAUUGAUGCUGCAUAGUGUAGUCACGUUGUAAAAGAUGUAGUCUGUGUGAUUUUGAAGUGCUUGAAUCAAAUCGUAUUGGUUGAUAUUCAGUCAACUCUGUCUUGAUACAACGCUGAUGUUUUGAAACCCUAAAAUAUUUGCUUAGAAUUUUAUAACUGGUGUCUUACUGUAAUUGCUAUAAAACUAGAUAUUUACUUA